UGUUGUUCAGAAAUCGACAAUGUCUGAGUUUGGGUCACUCGCAAAAAAUUCGCUCCGAUUUUUGGUCAAUUAUUCAGUGAGGAGUUGUUUAUCUGGUGUUGUUAUUUACUGUUGUUGGAUUAGUAUUAUGGCAUAUUCGUGGUUUACCUGGCACGUGAUUUUGUGUACUUUAGGGAUGAUUCCGUUAAUGAGUGAAGCACUGCUCCUUUUCGCCCCCGACGAACUCUGGUCGAGACAAUUACCCCGAACUCGAAAAUACUUCAUUCAUGGCUUCUUGAUGACCUUGGGAACGGUCUUAGUCACUGCUGGUUGCAUUGACACCUUUUGUUUUAUCACAGAAGGUUAUCACUUGUACACAGCACACGGGAUCACAGGUUUGAUUGCGAUGAUUCUGAUGAUUGUUUCGAUCGUUUCGGGGGUCAUGGCGAAUUAUUCAAAGUAUUUGAGACCGGUCACUUUGAAAUUCUACCAUAAUUGUUUCGGACUUUUGGGGUACAUCAUCGGAAUUAUUAGUUUGUGUUUUUCGUUUUAUACGAAUUGGUUUUGUUAUUUUACUUCGUACGAGUCGAGAAUUGUUGCAUUGGUUGCCACCGUUUUGGGGGCGCUGUGGACGGUGAGUCCGGCCCUGGGUUCCGGCUUUCGACAAAUCAAAACUUUGGUACAAUAAAGUAUUGAAAUUU